AAAUAGAUUUUUGCCGCUAGUGCGACAUUCAGUCCGUUUCGAAUCUUAACGCUGUGUGUGUACAAAAAAGAACGAACCAUCCGGAUUUAACAAAAGACUUCGAUUCAAUCCGUCCCACAUGCAUCGACACGAUCGAACUGAAUUGGAUUAAUUAACCGAUAAUUGAAGCCCCACGAUGGCGGAGGCCGAGGGGGGAUCCGAGCAGGAUGAUGUUUCAUUCCUGCGCACGGAAGACAUGGUGUGUCUUUCGUGCACGGCGACCGGCGAGCGAGUGUGUUUGGCCGCCGAAGGAUUUGGUAAUCGACACUGUUUUCUAGAGAACAUCGCCGAUAAGAAUAUCCCGCCAGAUCUAUCGCAGUGUGUGUUUGUCAUUGAGCAGGCGCUUUCCGUACGCGCUCUGCAGGAGUUGGUCACUGCGGCCGGAAGUGAAACCGGAAAGGGAACUGGCUCCGGACAUCGCACACUACUUUACGGCAAUGCAAUUCUUCUGCGUCAUCAGAACAGUGACAUGUAUUUGGCGUGCUUGUCAACGAGUUCAAGCAAUGAUAAACUUGCUUUCGAUGUUGGUCUUCAAGAACACAGCCGAGGUGAAGCUUGCUGGUGGACUGUUCAUCCAGCCAGCAAACAAAGAUCUGAGGGUGAAAAAGUACGUGUUGGUGACGACUUGAUUUUGGUAUCAGUUGCAACUGAAAGAUACUUGCAUACAACAAAAGAAAAUGAAUUAUCCAUCGUCAACGCAAGUUUCCAAAUCACGCACUGGUCUGUCCAGCCGUAUGGUACUGGUAUUUCAAAAAUGAAAUAUGUCGGCUAUGUAUUCGGCGGUGAUGUACUCAGAUUUUUCCAUGGCGGCGAUGAAUGUCUCACGAUUCCUUCGACAUGGAAUUCCGAACCGCAACAAAAUAUGGUAAUUUAUGAAGGAGGUAGUGUAAUGUCCCAAGCUCGUUCCUUGUGGCGUUUGGAAUUGGCACGUACCAAGUGGACGGGUGGUUUCAUUAAUUGGUUCCACCCGAUGCGCAUUCGCCACCUGACCACGGGCAGGUAUUUGGGCGUGAAUGAAAACAACGAACUGUUUCUCGUCGCAAAGGAAGAGGCCAAUGUGUCGAUAUCGACGUUUUGUUUGCGACAAGAGAAAGACGAUCAAAAAGUGGUGCUUGAAGACAAGGAUCUCGAAGUUAUCGGCGCGCCUAUUAUCAAAUAUGGCGACUCCACCGUCAUUGUACAACAUUGCGAUUCGGGGCUUUGGUUAACUUACAAAUCAUACGAAACCAAGAAAAAAGGUGUUGGUAAAGUAGAAGAGAAACAAGCAGUGCUACACGAAGAAGGCAAGAUGGACGACGGUCUCGACUUCAGUAGGAGUCAAGAGGAAGAAUCGAGGACCGCACGUGUAAUCCGUAAAUGCAGUUCUUUGUUCACACAAUUCAUCAACGCUCUGGAAACGUUGCAAGUGAACAGAAGGCAUUCUCUCUUUUUCGCCUCUGUGAACCUAAACGAAAUGGUAAUGUCUUUAGAAGAUUUGAUCAACUACUUCGCACAACCCGAGGACGAUAUUGAACAUGAGGAGAAGCAAAACAAACUGCGCGCUCUGCGCAACCGACAGGACUUGUUCCAAGAGGAAGGUAUCCUCAAUUUAAUCCUAGACGCCAUUGAUAAAAUCAAUGUUAUCACCUCCUCGGGUUUCGUCGCUGCCCUCGCUGGCGAUCAAAACUGGGAAUUGAUUGGCAGUUAUCUCUACCAAUUGUUAGCUGCUAUCAUCAAAGGCAACCAUACAAAUUGCGCACAAUUCGCCAACUCAAAUCGUUUGAACUGGUUGUUCUCUAGAUUGGGCUCACAGGCGUCUGGUGAAGGCACUGGCAUGUUAGAUGUCUUGCAUUGUGUGCUUAUCGAUUCUCCGGAAGCCUUGAACAUGAUGAGAGAUGAGCACAUCAAGGUAAUCAUCUCACUGUUGGAGAAGCAUGGCAGGGAUCCAAAAGUACUCGAUGUGCUUUGCUCACUAUGCGUUGGUAAUGGUGUGGCUGUACGUGACUCGCAGAAUAACAUCGCAGAUUUCCUACUGCCCGGGAAAAAUCUCUUGCUGCAAACACAGCUUGUGGAUCAUGUUGCGAGUGUACGGCCAAAUAUUUUCGUGGGCAGGGUUGAAGGCAGUGCCAUUUAUCAAAAAUGGUAUUUUGAGGUGACUGUAGAUCACAUUGAGCAGACCACGCAUAUGAUGCCACAUUUACGAAUUGGUUGGGCGAAUUCCAAAGGUUAUAUUCCUUACCCAGGAGGUGGUGAAAAGUGGGGUGGCAAUGGUGUGGGUGAUGACUUGUACUCAUUUGGUUUUGAUGGUGCCUACUUAUGGACGGGUGGACGAUCAACAAAGGUGGUUGAUGAAAUAACAGAACCAUUUAUAAAGAAAAAUGACGUGAUUGGUUGUGCCUUAGACUUAACUGGACCUACAAUAUCAUUUAUGUUCAAUGGUAUGCCCAUCAGGGGCUCCUUCCGCAACUUUAACCUUGAUGGAAUGUUCUUUCCGGUUAUCAGUUGCUCCUCCAAACUGAGUUGUCGAUUCCUCUUGGGUGGAGAUCACGGUAGACUAAAGUUUGUCCCACCAGACGAAUUCUCCCCGCUGGUGGAAAGUUUGUUACCACAACAAGUACUAAGUUUAGAUCCAUGCUUUUAUUUCGGUAACAUGAACAAAGUGGUCUUAGCCGGUCCGUUAGUGGUCGAGGACGACACAGCUUUCGUGCCAAACCCAGUGGACACCUCCAUGGUAUCCCUAGCAAGUCAUAUAGAAACAAUUAAGGAUAAACUUGCAGAAAACAUCCACGAAAUGUGGGCGAUGAAUAAGAUCGAAGCCGGAUGGAUGUGGGGGGAUUAUAGAGAUGAUUUAAAUCACAUACACCCAUGCUUAGUGCAGUUCGAAAAACUUCCAGCAGCAGAGAAGAAAUACGACUCACAGUUAGCAGUGCAAACAAUCAAAACCAUUUUGGCCUUGGGAUAUUACAUUACUUUAGAUAAACCCCCAUCUCGUAUUAAGAGCAUUCGUUUACCAAACGACCCCUUUAUGCAAGCCAAUGGUUACAAACCAGCACCAUUAGACCUGAGUGCUAUUACACUCAACGUUAAAAUGGAGGAACUUGUUGAUCAACUUGCCGAAAACACACAUAACUUAUGGGCCAAAGAGCGUAUUCAACAAGGGUGGACUUAUGGUCUCAAUGAAGACCCCGACAUGUUCAGAAGUCCGCAUCUGGUGCCUUACGGCAAGGUCGACGAGGCUAUCAAGAAAGCCAAUCGGGACACUGCCUCGGAAACUGUGAGGACGCUACUGGUUUAUGGAUAUGUCAUUGAUCCACCAACAGGAGAACAACAAGAAAGUAAUAUCUUAGAAAAAAUAGAAGUUUCAAGCAAGUUACUACCUCUUUUUUAUAUUUCAGCUUUGUUGGCGGAUGCUAUUCGCCAGAAACAAGCUGCUUUCAGGACUUACCGCGUUGAAAAAACGUACGCGGUCAACUCGGGCAAAUGGUACUUCGAGUUUGAAAUUUUAACCGCCGGUCCCAUGCGAGUUGGUUGGGCAAAAUCCGACUGUCCACCUGGGGCAAUGCUGGGCGCUGAUGAAAGCACCUGGGCCUUUGACGGUUUCAAUGAAGAGAAAGUUUAUUGCAAUUCGGCGGAAUCGUUCGGAAAGCAGUGGCAAGUUGGAGACGUGGUUGGCGUAUUUCUAGAUGUCAUUGAUCAUACGAUUAGUUUUUCAUUGAAUGGUGAAUUACUAAUGGACGCCUUGGGCGGUGAGACCACAUUUGCUGAUGUGCAGGGUGACAAUUUCGUCCCUGCAUUUACACUAGGCGUAGGACAAAAAGCGCGCUUGUGUUUCGGCCAGGACGUUACCCAACUAAAAUGGUUCACCACUUGCGGUCUGCAAGAAGGAUACGAGCCAUUCUGCGUUAAUAUGAACCGAUUUGUCACCUACUGGUACACCAAGGACCAACCGAUAUUCGAAAAUACUGAUGAUAUGCCCGAUACAAAGAUUGAUGUCACCAGAAUCCUUGCUGGUUCGGAUAGUCCGCCAGCAUUGAAGAUUAGUCACAAUACGUUUGAGACAAUGGAGAAGGCAAACUGGGAGUUUUUAAGAUUGAGUUUGCCUGUCAUUUGUCAUUCGGAAUUUAUCACCGAGGAAGAAAAGAUUCGACGCUGGCAAGAAAUUAAACUACGUCAACAUCGUUUGCGUAUUGAAGCGGAAAGCCAAGUAGCCACAAACCCAGCACACAUUGAGCAAAUAAUGAAAAGUGGAUUCUCCAUGAGUGACAUUAAAGGACUUCAGAGAAACUACGCGGAAGAUGCAGUCGAAGCUGAUGAAGUUGUAGGCAAAAAGAAAACUCCAGGUCGUCCGCCACGAAAAGGUUCCAUUCCUCGGGCCCAAUUUGAAGGAGACACGUUAGCUGCAAACACAAACAUGCAACGUUCCACAAGCGAAUUGAAUAUGGAAAACACAGACGACAAAAAGAAACGUGGUCGUUCCCCUUUCAGGUUUUUCAAGAAAAGAGAUGCUGGUGCAAGUGCCGAACGUAACAAGACAAAGGCCAAAACCCCUGAACCAGAACCACCAGUACAAGUAUCCAACACCAUGUUAAACCGACAACCAACAAUGAAACAAUCACAAUCUGAACUGCCUUCUCAGCACCAACUCUCUGUCCCGACUUCAUCGGACGUAGAAGCCAUCGGUAAUGAAUUAUUCGAUGCGGAAUGCCUUAAACUCAUCAAUGAGUACUUCUAUGGUGUCCGAGUAUUCCCCGGUCAGGAUCCAACUCACGUCUAUGUUGGCUGGGUGACAACACAAUAUCACAGUUUCACAAAAGAUUUCAACCAGAAUCAAGUCCUAAAGGCCUCUGUAGUCAUUGUAGAUGAUUAUGAUCAAGUGGUUGAUUAUAUCGAUCGUCAAACGUGUUACAUGGUUAGAGCGGAUGAGCUCUACAAUGAAGUGAAUCAAGAAGCUUCGGGUAAAGCAGCAUCUCAGGGAAUGUUUAUCGGUUGUUUCGCUGACGCUGCCACAGGGAUAAUCUCUUUUACCUGCGAGGGCAAAGGCACUCGACAUUGCUACAAAAUGGAACCGGAUACUAAAUUGUUCCCGGCUAUUUUCAUUGAAGCAACGAGCAAAGAUUGUCUGCAAUUUGAACUAGGUAGAACUGCUACAACGCUACCAUUGUCAGCAGCUGUAUUACAGAACAGUUCUAAACAUGUGAUCCCUCAGUUCCCACCAAGAUUGAAGGUGCAGUGUUUGAAACCUCAUCAAUGGGCGAGGGUACCUAAUCAAAGUCUUCAAGUACACGCAUUGAAACUGUCAGAUAUUCGCGGUUGGUCAAUGUUAUGCGAGGACGCUAUUUCUAUGCUUGCUCUUCACAUCCCUGAAGAAGACAGAUGUAUCGAUAUUUUGGAACUGAUCGAAAUGGAUAAACUCUUGUCCUUCCACGCACACACCUUAACACUAUACGCGGCUUUGUGUUAUCAGAGCAAUUACAGAGCUGCACACGCUUUGUGCAGACAUGUGGAUCAGAAACAACUUUUGUAUGCUAUCAAAGCAGAAUAUAUGAGUGGUCCACUCAGGCAAGGAUUCUAUGAUUUGCUCAUUGCUAUUCAUUUGGAAUCACAUGCAACAACAAUGGAAAACUGCAAAAAGGAAUAUGUUAUCCCACUUGGUCCACAACUCAAAGAACUCUAUGAAGAUGACGAGAUGAAGCACAGUUUGAAAAAUCUGCAAGUAGAAUCAGUAAUGCCGCAAAUGAAAAUGACAGACAUUACGGACUCUAUUGAUAAAAUUGUAAAUUUAUACUCCCCAUACUUCCCACUGGAUGUUGUACGUGAUUAUAUCAUGCAAGCAUUGACGGAAGCAGUAGAAGCCAAUCAGGUUCACAACCGGGACCCUAUUGGUGGUUCAAAUGAAAACCUCUUCGUGCCAUUACUCAAACUCUUGGAUAGAUUGUUGUUGGUGGGUAUGCUUACCGAUGAAGAUAUAAUAAAACUGCUCACUAUGGUACACCCGGAAACCUGGGAUGAAAACUUUGACAGGGAAGGUAAAGACGAGCAUCGCAAAGGUCUCCUCGAAAUGAAGAUUUCUGAAGGUGCUAAAUUACAAAUGUGCUACUUAUUGCAUCAUCUUAAUGACGUGCAGUUGCGUCACAGAGUAGAAUCCAUCAUUGCGUUUUCUCAUGACUACGUAGGAGAACUGCAAACUGACCAGUUGCGCCGUUACAUCGAGAUUAAACAAUCUGAUCUUCCAUCUGCUAUAGCCGCCAAAAAGACACGUGAAUUCCGUUGCCCUCCACGAGAACAAAUGAAGGCUAUCUUAUCUUUUAAGAACCUCGAAGAAGACGAUAAAGAAAAUUGUCCAAUCGGUGAAGACCUCUGUGAAAAGAUGAACGAGUUCCAUGCUGUUUUGAUGCAUCAUGUCUCUCUGAAAGCUUUGGAAGCUCCGCCUGAAGAAGAAGUCACAGAGGAAGUAGUUAAACCAAACGCGUUCAAACGCCUGUACAAUUUUAUCAAUGCAGUUAAGGAAUUAGAAGUUGAGCCAAAAGAACCUGAAGAGCCCGAGAAGAAAACUCCUGAAGAAAUAUUCAGGAAAGUACUUAUCGCAACUAUUGUCAGGUGGGCUGAGGAAACCCAAAUUGAACUACCAAAACUGGUUCAGGAGAUGUUCAAUCUCCUCGUAAGGCAAUACGACUCAGUUGGUGAAUUGAUCCGCGCUUUGAGCAAAACCUACGUAAUCAACUCUAAAACAAAGCAUGACGUUGCUGAGAUGUGGGUAAGCUUAAGUCAAAUUCGCGCCUUGCUGCCAGUACAAAUGUCUCCCGAAGAAAAGGAACUAAUGCGCAUGCGUUUGUGGAAAUUCGUAAAUAAUCACACAUUCUUCCAACAUCCUGAUUUGAUUCGCGUCUUGCGUAUCCAUGAAAACGUCAUGGCAGUCAUGAUAAAUACCCUGGGCCGCAGAUCACAGGAACAAACCGAAGCUAGCGCAGCUCCAACUGGUGAAGGUGAGGCCGUACCAAAGAGCAAAGAUACUACUCAUGAGAUGGUGGUCGCUUGUUGUCGUUUCUUGUGUUAUUUCUGUCGUACUGGUCGCCAAAAUCAAAAGGCCAUGUUCGAACACUUUGACUUCUUAUUGGACAACAGUAACAUUCUGUUAUCACGACCGAGCCUUCGUGGGUCAACACCUUUGGACGUUGCCUAUUCAUCACUGAUGGAAAACACUGAAUUAGCUUUGGCCCUGCGUGAACACUACCUCGAGAAAAUUGCUAUCUAUUUAUCUCGUUGUGGUUUACAAUCCAAUUCUGAUUUGGUCGAGAAGGGUUACCCUGAUUUAGGUUGGGAUCCAGUCGAAGGUGAACGUUAUCUCGACUUCCUUCGUUACUGCGUCUGGGUUAAUGGUGAAUCCGUGGAGGAAAACGCCAACUUGGUCAUUCGUUUACUAAUCAGAAGACCAGAAUGUUUGGGUCCUGCCCUUAGAGGUGAAGGAGAAGGUUUAAUGAGAGCCAUUGUGGAAGCAAACAAAAUGUCCGAACGAAUCAGUGAUCGUCGUAAACUAAUGAAUGAUGAAGCUGAAGGCACUGUUAAUUGUGCCCAAUUCCAACAUCCAUUACCUGAGAGUGAUGACGAUGAAGAUUAUAUCGAUACCGGUGCUGCUAUUUUGACCUUCUACUGUACCCUAGUAGAUCUUCUCGGUAGAUGUGCUCCAGAUGCGGCGGUUAUUGCUCAGGGAAAGAACGAAUCACUCAGAGCAAGAUCUAUUCUUAGAUCUUUGGUACCACUGGAAGAUUUGCAAGGUGUAUUGAGUUUGCGCUUCACUAUCAUGAACCCAGCCGCCGGUGAAGAAAGACCCAAAUCAGACAUGCCAUCUGGUUUAUUGCCUGGUAACAAACAGUCUAUUGUACUAUUCUUGGAACGUGUUUACGGUAUUGAAACUCAGGAAUUGUUCUUCAAAUUGCUUGAAGAAGCAUUCUUGCCGGAUCUUCGUUGUUGUACAAUUCUUGAUAGAAAUGAUGGUAGUGAAUCUGACAUGGCGCUCAGCAUGAAUCGCUACAUGGGUAAUUCAAUUCUUCCUCUGCUCAUCCAACAUAGCAGAUUCUACUCUGAAGUGGAAAACUAUGCUUCCCUCUUGGACGCGGCUUUGCACACCGUGUACCGUUUGUCUAAAAACCGAAUGUUGACUAAAGGUCAACGUGAUGGUGUUUCUGACUUCUUGGUGGCUUUAACAAGCCAGUUGCACCCGUCAAUGAUGUUGAAGCUUCUUCGUAAGCUGACAGUUGACGUAUCCAACUUAUCUGAAUACACCACAGUUGCUUUGCGCCUGUUGACAUUACAUUACGAUCGUUGUGGUAAAUAUUACGGCUCUACUGGUGGAGGUGCCGGCAGUCAAUUUGGUUCCUCCACUGAUGAGGAGAAACGUCUCACUAUGAUUCUUUUCUCAAACAUUUUCGACUCUCUAAGUAAAAUGGAAUACGAUCCGGAGUUAUUCGGUAAAGCCUUGCCUUGUCUGACUGCUAUUGGAUGCGCUUUACCUCCAGAUUACUCUUUAUCAAAGAACUUUGAUGAUGAAUGUUAUGGUAACAAAGCCUGUAGCCCUGAUGGACCUUAUGAUCCAGAACCUAUUAAUACCUCAGCUGUUGUGCUUAACAACGACUUAAACUCCAUAGUUCAGAAGUUUUCGGAACACUAUCACGAUGCUUGGGCAAGUAGGAAGUUAGAAAGUGGUUGGCAACAUGCCGACCAAUGGUCUGAUGCUAACAAGACCCAUCCAAGGUUGAAGCCUUACACUAUGCUAAGUGAUUAUGAAAAAGAAAGAUACAAAGAACCCGUACGAGAAUCACUCAAAGCCCUUUUGGCCUUGAAAUGGACUAUUGAGCAUACCGAAGUUGAUGUACCAUCAAAUCAAAGGAAUUCAAUCAGAAGAUCUUCCAAAAUGGAAGCAAACUCCGCCAUGAACUAUAAUCCACAUCCAGUAGAUAUGACCAAUUUGACUUUGUCUCGUGAAAUGCAGAAUAUGGCCGAACGAUUGGCCGAAAACGCUCAUGAUAUUUGGUCAAAGAAGAAGAAAGAGGAGUUACACAUUAAUGGUGGUGGUUUCCCUUCGCAGCUGGUACCAUACGACCUACUCACUGACAAAGAAAAGAAAAAGGACAGGGAGCGUUCCCAAGAGUUCUUAAAGUACAUGCAGUAUCAAGGUUACAAACUUCAUAGACCAAAACCACCAGGUCAAGAAGACGCACAAGGAGGUGCCGGACCUGCUAUUGAAUUACGUUUCUCAUACAGUCUGCUGGAGAAACUGAUUCAAUAUCUAGAUCGUGCUACUAUCAACAUGAAACUGCUCAAACCAUCAGCAACAUUCAGUCGUCGAAAUUCAUUCAGUACCUCAACACGCGAUAUUAAAUUCUUCUCUAAGGUGGUGUUGCCAUUGAUGGAGAAAUACUUCUCAACUCAUAGAAGUUAUUUCAUUGCUGUCGCAACUGCAACUAACAACGUAGGAGCUGCAUCCUUGAAAGAAAAGGAAAUGGUUGCGGCCCUAUUCUGUAAAUUAGCCAAUUUGCUACGUUCUAAAUUACAAGCAUUCGGUGCAGAUGUCCGCAUUACUGUACGCUGUCUUCAAGUGCUUGUCAAAGCUAUCGACGCCAAGUCAUUAGUAAAGAAUUGCCCUGAAUUUAUCCGUACAUCUAUGUUGACGUUCUUCAACAACACUGCUGAUGAUCUUGGUCACACUAUCAUCAACUUACAAGAAGGGAAAUACAGUCACCUUAGAGGAACUCAUCUCAAAACCUCAACAUCAUUAUUUUAUGUCAAUCAUGUUCUCUUGCCAGUGUUAACUGCAUUAUUUGACCAUUUGGCAAAUUGCGAGUAUGGAAGUGAUUUGCUCCUUGAUGAAAUUCAGGUUGCUUCGUACAAGAUCCUAGCGGCAUUGUACAUCUUAGGUACUGAUAAUACACUCACGCAUGACAGGAAAUAUCUGAAGACUGAGAUUGAAAGACAUAAACCUGCGCUGGGUUCAUGCCUAGGCGCAUUUGGGUCUUGCUUCCCGGUGGCAUUCUUGGAACCACACAUGAAUAAACAUAAUCCGUAUUCUUUGCUUAAUAGAAUUGCUGAUCAUUCACUAGAAGCUCAGGAUAUUAUGGUUAAGAUGGAACAACAAAUGCCAACUCUAGAGGCAAUUCUGGCUGAAGUGGACCAAUAUGUAGAAAGUGAAAAAACUUACAAUGAAGAUAUGCACAUUAUCGAUGUGACCAUGCCUAUGCUCUGUUCAUAUCUUCCCAUUUGGUGGGGACAAGGACCAGAUAAUGUCAGCCCUACCGGAGGUAAUCAUGUUACAAUGGUAACAGCCGAACAUAUGAAUCAGUUAUUAAAGAACGUACUGAAACUUAUCCGUAAAAACAUCGGCAACGAAUCAGCACCCUGGAUGACCCGCAUCGCUGCAUACACUCAACAAAUCAUUAUCAACAGCAGUGAAGAAUUGCUCAAAGACGUCUUCCUGCCAUUGGCAGAAAGAGUUAAGAAACGCACAGAAACAAUGUACCACAAAGAAGAAUCUCUGCGUGGUUUUAUCAAGAGCUCCUCAGAUGACACAUCACAAGUUGAGGCGCAGAUACAAGAAGACUGGCAUCUUCUCGUCAGAGAUAUCUACUCCUUCUACCCACUUCUAAUCAAAUACGUUGAUUUGCAGCGUAACCAUUGGUUGCGUAAUAACAUUGAAGAAGCUGAAGGAUUAUACAAUCAUAUCGCUGAGAUCUUUAAUAUCUGGUCGCGCAGUCAAUACUUCCUCAAGGAAGAACAAAACUUCAUAUCUGCUAAUGAGAUUGACAACAUGGUGUUGAUCAUGCCAACUGCAACUAGAAGGACCGUAGUCUCUGAUGGUGCACAACAAGGUGGUGGUGGUAAAAAGAAGAAGAAGAACCGUGAUAAGAAACGUGACAAAGCAAAGGAAAUUCAAGCAUCAUUAAUGGUUGCUUGCCUAAAGAGAUUGUUACCCGUAGGUCUUAAUUUAUUCGCUGGUAGGGAACAGGAAUUGGUACAACAUUGCAAAGAUCGCUUCCUGAAAAACGUCUCCGAGCAAGAAAUCUCUGAUUUCGCUAAGAUGCAAUUAACAUUGCCAGAUAAAAUCGAUCCCAGCGAUGAAAUGUCAUGGCAACAUUUCCUCUACAGUCAAUUAGGCAGCAAGAAAUGCGUAACUGUGAACACCACAGAUUCCAAUGGUAACAAUCCUUUGGAGGAGACUGUUGGACGUAUUGUUGCAAUGGCGAAAGUACUUUACGGUUUGCACAUGAUUGAUCAUCCACAACAAACACAAAAAGGCGUUUAUCGCAGUUGCGUGUCAACGCAAAGAAAGCGAGCUGUACUUAUGUGUUUCCGUCAAGCGUCAUUACACAGUUUGCCAAGACAUCGUGCGUGUAACUUAUUCGCAAGGACUUAUUAUGAAUUGUGGCUACAAGAUGAGAAUGUGGGACAAGAAGUCCUCAUUGAAGACUUGACACAGAGUUUCGAGGACUCCGAAUUAAAGAAGAAGGAUGAAGAGGAAGAAGAAGGUAAACCCGAUCCACUAACCCAAUUGGUAACCACCUUCUGUAGAGGAGCCAUGACGGAACGUUCUGGUGCUUUACAAGAAGAUCCUUUGUAUAUGAGCUAUGCGGAGAUCAUCGCUAAAUCUUGCGGUGAAGAAGAAGAAGAGGGUGGUGAGGAAGAAGAAGGCGGAGAGGGUGAAGAAGGAGGUGCUUCCAUUCAUAUGAAAAUGAAAAUUACUUCAAUGGAGAAGUUUUGGGAACAAGAAAUGGAGAAGCAAAAAUUGUUGUUUGCUCAAGCACGACUUGCGAAUCGUGGCGUUGCUGAAAUGGUCCUCCUUCACAUUUCUGCCAGUAAAGGUGUCCAAUCAGAAAUGGUUAUGAAAACCCUUCAACUUGGUAUCUCUAUUCUUCGUGGUGGUAAUGUAGACAUCCAAAUGGGUAUGCUCAACCAUCUUAAAGAUAAGAAAGAUGUCGGCUUCUUCACGAGUAUCGCUGGUUUGAUGAACAGUUGCAGUGUCUUAGAUCUUGACGCUUUCGAACGUAACACCAAAGCGGAAGGUCUUGGUGUUGGUUCUGAAGGUGCCGCCGGCGAGAAGAACAUGCACGACGCUGAAUUCACCUGCGCCUUGUUCCGAUUUAUCCAACUGACUUGCGAAGGUCACAACUUAGAAUGGCAGAAUUAUCUGCGUACCCAAGCAGGUAACACCACCACAGUCAACGUGGUUAUCUGCACUGUCGAUUACCUGCUGCGUCUACAAGAAUCCAUUAUGGACUUCUACUGGCACUACUCCAGUAAGACUCUCAUUGACCCAGCUGGUAAAGCCAACUUCUUCAAAGCUAUUGGGGUCGCUAGUCAGGUUUUCAACACCUUGACUGAAGUAAUUCAAGGUCCUUGCACUCUCAAUCAGCAAGCAUUGGCUCAUUCAAGAUUGUGGGAUGCCGUUGGCGGUUUCCUCUUCCUCUUUUCUCACAUGCAGGAUAAACUAUCGAAACAUUCUAGUCAAGUGGACUUGCUCAAGGAGUUAUUGAAUUUGCAAAAGGACAUGAUCACCAUGAUGCUCUCCAUGCUUGAAGGUAACGUCGUAAAUGGCACCAUUGGUAAGCAGAUGGUUGACACUCUGGUAGAAAGCGCAUCAAACGUAGAGAUGAUCCUUAAGUACUUCGACAUGUUCCUGAAACUGAAAGACCUCAUAUCGUCCCCUAGCUUCCAAGAAGUGGAUCCCAACAAUGAGGGAUGGGUGCUUCCCAAAGACUUUAAAGAAAAGAUGGAACAAGCAAAGAGUUACACUCCUGAAGAAAUCGAGUUCCUGCUUGCUUGCUGUGAAGUGAACCACGAAGGAAAAGUUGACUACGUUGCGUUCGUCGAUCUCUUCCAUGAACCAUCAGCUGAAAUCGGUUUCAACUUGGCUGUAUUGUUGACAAAUCUAUCUGAGCACAUGCCAAAUGAACCUCGCCUUGCCCGCUUCCUGGAAACAGCUGGAUCCGUAUUGAACUACUUCGAGCAAUUCUUGGGCCGCAUUGAAAUCAUGGGCGGCAGCAAACGUAUUGAACGUGUUUACUUCGAAAUCAAGGAAUCAAACAUCGAGCAAUGGGAGAAACCGCAAAUUAAAGAGUCUAAACGUGCGUUCUUCUACUCCAUCGUCACUGAGGGUGGUGACAAAGAAAAACUGGAAGCUUUCAUUAACUUCUGUGAGGAUGCUAUCUUUGAAAUGCAGCACGCUAGUGCACUUAUGACAGUCGAAGAAUCCGGUGGACCGGGUGCUAACAGAACAACUAGUUAUAAAUACAUGGGUGAAGAUGACGAAGAAAGAGCUGGAAACCCAAUUACACGCAGCAUUCAGAGCGUUAAGGAUGGUAUCGCCUAUGGAUUGAGUUCAUUGUCGCCUACGAAUAUUAAAAACAAGAUGGCCGAGAUGCAACAGAUGACUAUUUACGAACUUAUUGUAGCGUUCUUCAAAAAUAUCUACUUGGUCUUCUACUAUUCUGGUUACGGUGUUUCAUGUGUCUUUGGCGUACUAAUAAUACUUUUUGGAAAACGUGCCAGUUACUUCGGUGGAAUCUUAAUGAAUCUGAUGCGAGGACCACAACAAGAAGAACCUCAGGAAACUACAAAGGAAGAAGAAAAACCACACUUGAGAAUGUUACCAGCGUUACCAGCAACUGACGAACCGGCAGGACAAAUGCAAGCGUUUGGAUUAGACAUAACUAAAGAAGAAGGCGGACAAAUGAAAAUGGCACCACAUGAAUCACCCACUGGUUCCCAUCAAUCGUCCAUGGAAGGAGAAGGAGAAACAACAUCCGAAGAAGGUGCAGAACACCCAGAUGGCGAACGCCCAGUUGAACCAGUCUCUCUACAAGAUCUCCUCGGUGGUGAAGCAGCAAAACGUGCAGCACAAGAAAAAGCCGAAGCUGCAGCCGCACAACAAGCCGCAAUGGCCGCCAUUGAAUCUGAAGUUAAGCAACAAACAACUGCCGAACCUUCAGCGGCCUCAGAAUUCAACCUGGGUGCCUACACUCAGAAAUGUGUAUCCUUCUUAGCUAGACAUUUCUAUAACCUGAAAUACCUUGCGUUGGUUUUGGCUUUCUGUAUCAACUUUAUGCUCCUCUUCUACAAAGUGUCAACAUUGGGUGAAGAUGAAGGUGGCAGCGGUGCUGGUGGCAGUGGUGAUGAUUUAUUAGGCUCAGGAUCUGGUGCUUCUGGUGCGGAUGAUGGCGGCAGUGGAGGAGGGGGAUCAGGCGAUGGAUCAGAGGAAGAAGAAGAUCCUUUAGAACUGGUACACGUCGACGAAGAUUACUUCUACAUGGAACACGUAAUGCGAUUAGCGGCAAUGAUACAUAGUUUAGUCUCACUAGCUAUGCUCGUUGCCUAUUACCACCUCAAAGUACCACUGGCUAUCUUCAAACGUGAAAAAGAAAUUGCUCGACGACUAGAAUUCGACGGUCUGUACAUUGUUGAACAACCAGAGGACGAUGAUCUAAAAUCACAUUGGGAUAAACUUGUAAUAUCAGCAAAGUCGUUCCCAGUUAACUACUGGGACAAGUUUGUUAAAAAGAAAGUCCGACAAAAGUACAGCGAGACCUACGACUUUGAUUCUAUGAGUAAUCUCCUGGGUAUGGAAAAGACCUCAUUCGCUGCUGAACAAGAAGAAGAGCCUAAAGGCAUUAUUGCCUUUAUCCUACGCAUUGACUGGCGUUAUCAAGUGUGGAAAGCAGGCGUAACAUUCACAGACAAUUCAUUCUUGUAUUCCUUGUGGUACUUUACAUUCAGUAUCCUCGGAAAUUUCAACAACUUCUUCUUCGCUGCUCAUUUACUGGAUGUCGCUGUCGGUUUCAAAACCUUGAGAACCAUCUUACAGUCAGUAACGCACAACGGCAAACAAUUAGUGUUGACUGUCAUGUUGCUCACGAUUAUUGUGUAUAUCUACACUGUGAUUGCGUUUAACUUCUUCAGGAAGUUCUAUGUGAGCGAAGAGGACGAUGAGGUUGAUAAAAAAUGUCAUGAUAUGUUAACGUGCUUCGUAUUCCAUUUGUACAAAGGUGUGAGAGCUGGUGGUGGCAUCGGUGAUGAAAUUGAACCACCAGAUGGUGAUGAUUACGAAGCAUAUCGUAUCAUGUUCGACAUCACUUUCUUCUUCUUCAUUAUUGUCAUCUUGUUGGCCAUCAUUCAGGGUUUGAUCAUUGAUGCUUUUGGUGAGCUUCGUGAUCAACUCGAGAGUGUGAAGGAGGACAUGGAGUCCAACUGCUUCAUAUGUGGUAUAGGAAAAGAUUACUUUGAUAAAGUGCCGCACGGGUUCGACACGCACGUGCAGCAAGAACAUAACUUGGCCAAUUACAUGUUCUUCCUGAUGCACUUAAUUAACAAACCGGAUACUGAAUAUACUGGUCAAGAAACGUACGUAUGGAAUAUGUACCAACAACGAUGCUGGGACUUCUUCCCAGUGGGUGACUGUUUCCGUAAACAGUAUGAAGAAGAAUUGGGCGGCGGAGGAGGCUAGCGAGGUAAUAUCCCCGCCAGCGCCAUCGGAACAAUUAAAUGAUUCUUAUGUAUUUUACAAAUUGUGAAAUUGUGACAAAUUCAAACCAAAAACAAACUAAACAUAAUGAAAUACCAAAUUUUUGAAGAGUAAAAUAUAGUUAAUAGUGAUUACAAGAAAGAAACACAUAAUAAUCACAUAUUUUACUACGGUUUUUAAACUUAGCUCAAUUUUAUCAUUGCAUAAAAUCUACCAUUAAUCAUUACAUUGUCGAUAACUUAGUGAAAUUUAGACGCUGUUACGACGAAAUGUUCUUAUUUUACUGCGAAAAUAAUUAUACUCAGAUUCCAUCAAAAAAAGUUACAUACACAGCGUUAAGAUUGCAGUGUAAUUAUUUUUCCACGAGAAAAAUGGAACCAAUUUCGUACCAGCGGGCGUAUUGAUGGUUGUUUGUUUUACAUUUUGCUGUUUUCUGUUCAUGUAAUUAUCUUAUCUUAUAAAUAUCGAAGCGAAUUGUGUGGCAAAUUUUCAAACGAUAACUAAUUAACAAAAAAACGGUAUGAAAUCGAAAUUUUAAUACUGUUAAGGAGGUUUUAAUGAUAUCUAGUUGACGAGCGUUUUGAGUGCUCAGCAAGUAUUGAUAGACAUCUUUUUAAAACAUCUCAGAUAGUUGUUGUUGGCGGAGACGCGGAAGAAAGAAAAUGAAAUAAAGUAAAUCUAUUACAAACAUAUCUAUUUAAUUAAUAUUAGGAUGUAUAAGUUGUCUUUAUGAGUAUGAAAUUGAAAGUACUUAAUAAAUUCAUUUGAAAACUUA